AUGGGUGACAACCCCAAAUCACUGACUGUCAUUGGGCUCAUAUCCGGUGGCAAGGACUCUUUCUUCUCGGUACUACACUGUCUAGCCAACAAUCAUCGGGUUGUUGCUCUUGCGAAUCUGUAUCCGCCACAGGCACUGUCACUGGGCGGAAUCUCAGAAGAUCUCAACAGCUACAUGUAUCAAACAGCUGGUCACAGACUUACGCCCCUCUAUUCAGACGCACUGGGAUUGCCAGUAUUCCGUCAGGAGAUAUCUGGCUCAGCAUUGAACCCGUCAAAGGUCUACGAAUAUGCUGGAGAUAAUCAACAAGAUUCCCAACGAGUUGACGAGACAGAGGAUUUGAUGGAAUUACUUCGCAGAAUUCUUCAGCAAUAUCCACAUGUAAAUGCGGUCUGCUCCGGAGCAAUACUCAGUACCUACCAACGCACACGGAUCGAGUCUGUAGCCCGACGCCUCAAUCUUGUCCCGUUGAGCUACUUAUGGCAGUAUCCUUCUCUUCCUCCACCAUCAGCUGGCGGUUUACUUGAUGACAUGGCAGCUGUUGGCUUGGAUGUGCGUAUCGUGAAGGUCGCUUCUGGCGGGCUGGAAGAGGAAUUGCUGUGGCAGAAUUUGAUGGAUCGAAAAGUACGAGCAAGGGUCGAGAAGGGUAUGCGCAGGUUUGGAGGUAGUGUUCUAGGUGAGGGUGGGGAGUACGAAACCCUCGUUGUAAAUGGACCAAUGGGAGUAUUCAGGAAAAAUAUUGUGGUCGACGACCAAGAGAUGUGGAUAGAAAAGGGUGGAGGUGGUGAGGCAUGGUUGGCGUUUAGAGAACAUGCCGGAACAAUGGUGACCAACGACGAUAGCGAACCUUCCGACGGUCAAGAGUGGAAAACAUUACUGAGAACCAUCGGACUAUGGGAUGGGGAGUUUGAAGAAUUAUAUCACCACCUGAGGGGCAAGAUACCCUUCAUUACUGGUCAAGCAAAUCCGCAUAUAGUCACUGGUCAAACGAAGGCCAAGAAUCCGAGAAAAAUUCCAACCCGUUGGGAAGUAAAACCCGUCGUCUUCAGAACCCAGGCAAUGCUCACGAUCUCUAAUAUGACAUCUCGUGGGCCGAAUACCAUUGCCACAGACCAAAUGUCGGAUAUCAAUUCGAGAAUACUUGAAUUCCUUACGGAAAACGACCGCUCAACAGACGAUAUCAUCUUCACUACCAUGUUGCUUCGAUCGAUGGCAGAUUUCCCAGGACUUAAUAGCAUCUAUGGGCAAUUAUUUAAGAGACCAAACCCACCAGCCCGAGUGACUGUAGCAUGUGGAGAGUCUCUGCCAGACGAGGUGAGUGUCAUGGUCUCAUUCGUCGUCAAUCUGGGCGCUCUUGCGGCUCGAGAGGGUCUGCAUAUUCAAUCAAGAUCCUACUGGGCACCUGCCAAUAUUGGACCCUACUCGCAAGCAAUAUCUGUGCCAACGAACACCGAACAUGGCUCCGCUAUAGUAUACCUUGCUGGACAGAUACCCUUGGUACCGGCAUCGAUGGAGGUAUUGCAAGUUGAGGACGGCAACAAACAAAUGGAUAGUGAAAAUGAGAAUGAAAUGGAUUCAUUCUCAAAGCGGGCAUGCUUGGCCUUGCAACAUCUAUGGAGAAUUGGGAAAACCAUGAAUGUGAGUUGGUGGACAGGAGGCAUUGCUUUCAUCAGUGGUAAGAGUGACGUGCGAAUGAAAGCAAUCAUAGCGUGGGAAAUCUGGAAAGGGGUGCACCAGAAGGAGCUGUGGGAGAAAGACGGAGUGGAAGAGGAUGGUCUGGACGCAUGGGACAAGAAGUACGGUGGCUUGGGAAGUUUCAUGAAAGAUGAGGUAGAAGUUCAGUCUCUACCCGACAUUGCACGGCUCUCAAUCUCCCCAUUCGUUGGACCACCCGGUUUCUUUGCGGUUCAAGUGGACGAGCUACCGCGUGGUUGUAAUAUCGAAUGGCAGGCUCUUGGAGUUACGAACCCAUACGUUGACAUCGUCUCAUAUGCCACAAUAUCCUUGACAUCAUCGGAUGAAGAGUUUCGUACGGUACUAUUGGCGACUGUGGAGGGUUGUAGACCUCAGCUGCAACAAGCAACGGUUUAUACACAACGUACAGCACUACUUAGCGGUCUCAGCAUGCAAGUUUUCCCCUGCAGUGCCGUCUACGGACCCGAAGGCGAAGAAGUUGCUGCUGGAAUAGUCCUUCAACAAGCUUAG